UCACGCGAAUCUCGAGAGCAUAGCCGCGUUCAGUCACAUGUCAAGUGUCACGAUUGAUCGCGCGGGACGAGAGCGUUCCCUAUAGCCGUUAAGUGUCUCGCGCGCGCGCGAGCGCGCGUGCUGAGCUGCCACUUGAGGCGUUAUAUUCUACGAUUGAUCGACCAUUUGAUGAUUAAUAGUUGCGUGCAGUGCGUGUGUGCGAACGUGUAACGUCACAGUCAACUGCAUCUCGAUUAUUGGUGACAAGCUCAACAAGUGUGAUGUGCAAGUUUCAAGCUUGAUCAUUAGCUGUCGAAGGGAUACAUUUGCUUCUUUGGGCUCGUCUAAAUAGCCAGAAAUAGCGAAUAAACACGGAAAAAAAUAUUAUUAGGGGAAUAGGAGCGAUUAAAUUUAGGAAAGCCGAAACCCAGUGACAUUGGUGGAAAUGUUGCCGAAAUGUUAGUUGGACAGGUUUCGUUGAUAAACUGCCAAGUCCAACGUUGCAAUGCUAAGUUUACCUAAGUCACGCAACAGCUUUCAUCCAACCGAGCUGAACUUGGCGGCAAAAUUAUCGGUGCCAAGAAAGCGUCGCCGGGAAAUGUUUGAUCAAAUCAAUAAUUUUCAUUCGACCGCCGACGCGCUCGCAGUCGCUGGCACGACAACCAGCUAGCAACAACGCAACGACCUACAAGCUAGCCGUGGCGAAUUUGUUUAAUGCACGUCAGGCUGCAAAAGGCAGCUCGAGUGGGCCAUCGGGCGAACCGCUCGACCGCACGACUUUUCUGGCUGGAAGUCUGGCAGGAAAAAAGUUUUAAUUGCAAGGCUUUUUGAAUGUCAACGACGCGUAAAGCCCUCGGGGAAGAUUAAAGAGCUACGACGGGGAGGAGGCUGAGUGGAUGGGGAGAGCGUUAAAGCCAUCAUGAAAACUAUGCAGAGGCCUUUGAUCUCGGCGAUGGCGCGCCACGUUCACGUCGACGGCGACGACGAGGACGACGCCGACGGCAGGCAGCAGCUCAAAGAGCCGGUCAUCCGGCUGAAGCUCGACAAGCCAUCCUACUGGGACUGGCAGCUGACCACUUCGGCCGACACCGUGCCGAUCAUCCAGCUUCUCGACAGGGAUGGCCGCCUUCUCGUCGAGACCAGCGCCCGAACGGCCCAGAGGGCACGUGGCUCCUUUCGCGACGGUCUCCAAUCCCACGAGUCAUUUCCCAAGCCCCUCGAGGAGCGGACGCCCCCGCCCGUCGCUCAACUCAACUCAGCCAAGACAAUCCUAGGAAAUCGCAAUUACGAGGGCUUCAGUACCAAGUUCAGCCCCAAGUUUAACUUCCAGCCGCGCAAGUCACGCAGCGAGGCAGCCGUACCCGCAUUGCUCUCGUCGGCAGCGUCGCCGACCUUGUCGCCGUCGCCAUCUUUGUCGUCGUCGACGCGAAAAGUACGCAAGCGGCAUUCGUCAAACGCCUCGGAGCUCGUGCAGUGUAAGAGGGAGGCAAUGGUAGCGAAAAGGUACUCAGCCGGCGAUUACUUGCGCCAGCAGAUUCUCAAGGACCUAGCUAAGCGGCCCGACGAGGCCAGCGUCGACUGCGUCGACUCGCCGAGCCAAGUGGCGAUGAGCAGGUACAAGAAGAUGAAAGCGUACUUGCGCAGCCGAAGCGAUACUCCCACGACGGCGGCGCCUGUCGAAGGGGAGCUAAAGAGCGCAACUGAGAGACUGCAGACCGAGGAAGUAGAAAAGAUUAGGAGCUUUCUGCGGCAGAAAAUUCGAGCGAAAAUGCAAGAGGAAAAGCUACUGCAGAGAACCUCCUCGUUUCCCCAGCACUGUGCCGCCGAUCGGUUACACGAAACCCUAGAUGGUAUUGCAUCUAUCGCUUUCAAGGAUUUCUCCAAGAGGAAUUCCAGUUGUUAUCGAGAGAACGACGGGGGCGCGGUAAACGCGCGCAACUACAGCACCAGAAAAAUAAGGAGCGACGCUAAUAUAAGAUUCGAUCCUGAGGUACUCGAAACCUCGAGAAUCUCGAGAAACAAAUUGGAAAGUAGGCAACAGAGAGUUGGCAAGAAGAACUCUUCCGGCUGUUCGGAUAAGAAAAAGUUGUACAGAAAAACCAAGAGCGACGUGUUAUUGAAUCAUCAUACGGCAGCUAGCAGCGUAGAUUCCGACAGAGAUGAUCCGGUGAACGCGAAUUAUCCUACGCGACGGAUUAAAAGCCACGACAAUAUCGAGCGAUCGUGGCGCGAGUUCAAGGAGCGCAAGAAGCAAGAGCGCUUACAAAAGGAAAAGCUUAACAAUUACGAUUUAAUAGAAGAAGAUUUGAUGCAGAAGCCAAGAUGGAAGGAUUUGCACAAAUCUUCGUGCUACAUGGGACAUUGUCAAGUUUGCGAGAAUAGAAAUAAUUGCGUCGACCAGACAACGACGAAUUUCAAAACGGCAUCCGUCGCCAGCACAUCCUCUAAGGACGUUCAGAGACCUGGCACGAGCUUGCAGGAAAAUUACUUGGUAAUUGAUCUGGCCAAGUCGACCGAGUGCGCGUCAGUCGAAGAAUCUUGCAAUCAAAAUGGAAAAAGCUCGCCGGAUUUCGGCUACGACUCCAUCUCCAAACGGAGCAAUGGUCCGGUGAAGAAGCCCGGUGACGUCGCCUGCGUUAACUCGAACGUCAAGAAAAGCGACACGUUCAAGAUCGUCGACGGCGCCGAUGACGUGGACGCUGACGACAACAAUAUCGACGAGGUGUGUUAUGACUACAAGAACAAGUCAAACGAAGACAUUGCAAAAGAUUAUUUUGUUCGGGUUUACGAGCUCUUGCGUAGACGACAGCAGGAGAGCAGGAGACUUGCUGAAAUCCAACGUGAAAAUCAAUGCAACGACACGUCCUCCUCGACUUGUCAGCAGGAUGGGAUGCAUCCGAAAAGACGUCGUCGAAAGAAUGAUAAAUACGUCGAAGGUGAGGACGUAAUACUCGGAGGUACAGGUAGACGCGAGCCUGCUUGGCGUUCGGUGAACGGUUCCAGUUGUCGCGCUCAGGAAGGUUCAACGCAAGCGAAGAGACCACGGCAUCCAGCUCCAACACCACCUUCGACCAAGGAGAACAAAGAGAACCAGCAUGAGCCGCCGAAAACCGUAGACGGGCCUAAGCCUGCCGCUAGCGCCGCCGUCGUCGCGGACAUGGGCGCCAACCUCAGCAGGCACAGCGGCAAGGGCCUCAAUGGCAGACGAGCUCAGUCCUCUGGCAACUUGUGCGAUCCAAAGUGCAUCGCCAUCGGUCGGCGACUUGCACCAAGGAGCUCAAGGGAAAAUCGUUACAAACUAUGUGGCUCGCUUCCGAAUCACCUCGAUGGCAAAAAUUCUCUGGACGAUGAAUCGCUGGACAACAACAACAUUAUUACCGACACGAUCAGCGGCAAUCUUGGAGGUACUUUGCCACACAAGAAGCGCUACGCCGACGGAGACGACUCGAACAAUACUUCGAACCUCGUGAGACAUCGCUCGGAGGAGUCGCUCGAGGGCGAUCCUUGGAAGUACCGUCUAGAGGGUGCCGACUUGGCGCGCUGUCGUUACGCCGAGUCGCUGCGCCGAAGUCGUGGUUCUGACGCAGGUAGCACGUGUAGCCAUCACCACCACCAUCACCAUCAUCAUCAUCAUCACGAGUGGCGUCGCAACUCGAGCACGUUGUCGCGAAAUGGACGCGCACAUCGGAGUGCCGAACUGGACACCUCGGGCACCUUGCCCAAACGCAAGGAUUCGCUAAAACGCAGCGUGCACUCGCUCAAGGAGCUCGGUGAUCAACCCACGCGCGCCAGCCGUAUAUCCAUCGAUCAAAUCGAUGACGAUCUUCUGCUCAAGAUGGUGCACAAACCCGACUGCGAGCUCGUCAAGCAUCGCCAGCAACAGAAUAACGAGCAAAAUAAUCAAACGAACACGCCGCAGAAGCAGCCAAAGCAACAGCAGCAGGAACAGCAACCAGCGUCAACACACAAGCCACUCCAGCAGGGAAAGUGCGUGGAUUUGAAGCUGCACAAACUGACGGCAGGAGGAGAGCCGCAGGAUCAAGGCUACGCGUCGGAGAGAUCACCGGAGGAUGAGCAUCCGCCAUCGUUGCCAGGGCAACCUUUUCCUCCAGUCUCGCCAGAACACACGUUCCGAGUGGUGCUGAAAAAGAGCAGUCGUGGUCUGGGUCUGAGUGUCUCCGGUGGCGGUACUGCCGGUCCACUGCGAGUCAAACGUCUGUUUCCCCAGCAGCCGGCCGCCCUCUCGGACAAAUUGCAGCCGGGCGAUAUCCUGCUGGCGGCCAACGGCAUACCCCUCACCGGACUCACCAACUACGAAGCUUUGGAAGUAUUGCGUACGACGUCGAGCACAGUGGAGCUAGUGGUGUGUCGGCUUCCUGGCGAGGCUUCGAAUAGCACUGGACCACCGACUACGGCACCGCCACCACCGCCGACCAGGCGCGAAAAUCCUGGGCUUACUCUCAAGAUACCCUUGAAUCCCUUGCCUCCCCUCGAAGUCGAACCGUGCGGAGAAUUCGAUAUCGAGAUGACGAAGGUAGGUGGCAGUCUCGGUUUCACGCUUCGCAAGGCGGACAGCAGUGCUCUGGGACACUACGUGCGCGCACUGGUGCGUGAGCCGGCGCUCAGCGACGGGCGUAUCCAGCCGGGCGACAAGAUCGUGGCCGUCGACGACGAGCCCCUCUCGCCCAUGAGCCACGAGGAAGCUGUGGCAUUGCUGCGACGCUGCGGCCCGCGAGUGAAACUUCGCCUGUAUCGCGAUCCUGCGCAGACUCCCGUAUCGGCGCUCUCGCCCACCGAGCCCGAUCAUCCGCUCCGUCCUACCAAGACUUGCCUGAGACAAGAGGCUGUGGACAUGCUAUGCGAUUUAGCUGUACGAAAAUUGUCACCGGGCACGUCGAGCGGUUCGAGCGGCCAGCGUCAAUCGUCCGGUGCAUCCUGCAAUUCGCCGAGAAGACUUCGUCGUCCGGGCGCUCGCUUGUCGAACGCCGACACGGACGAAGGUGGCAAUGCCCGGAACAAGCGUCACUCGCACGCGUCGUCGGCCAGCCAGGAGACCUCGGACUCGGACCAAUGCUCCAUCAAGACGCAGAUCACGAACUCGCAGCCGGAAACGCCGGCGUCCAACGACGUGGCCGACUCGCCGCUGGUCUACGAGGUUUACGAGUCGAGCGACUCCACGUCCUCGCGAGCAACGCAACACCGGCCUUCCCACCUCGAGCUGCGCCCGCAGCACCCAUUACCGCAUCAACUGCUCCAGCAGCAGCAGCAGCAGCAGCAGCAGCAGCAGCACCGCCAGGAGCGACCGCGAUUCCAGUUCGGUGUCGAAUCUGACACGAGUGGCGGUGGACUAGUGAUCUUCACCGCUAGCGACAACUCCGAGCAGCCGGCCUCGAUGCCACCGCUCCACCACAGCGGCUCCAACGCUACCGCGGCCGCUGCAUUCAGCCACAAGAAUCCGGCCUACCAGAGUGUCAACCCAGCCUGCGGCACUCUCGCGCUGCCUCGUCAUCAUGAGCCAGCCAAGAGCAAACUUUCACACUCCAGCGAGCAGGAUAUUCCAGGUAAAAUUAUCGGUGCUGAUGAUCCAGGCGGCAGGAAAGGUCUACUAAAGUGGAAAGGGGUGAUGUUUGCACCUGACGACUCCGACGAAGCAGACGGAUCUCAGGUACAAGACGACAGAGAAGUUUUGGAAUCAGCCGCCUUAGCCGAUCUUCAUGAACAAGGAUACGAGGUGUUCAUGGUAGAGCUCACACGAGGAUGGAAUAGCCGACUCGGUUUCAGCUUGCAACCAGAUGGAGAUCAUACAGUGAUAUCAGUAGUCCACCCCGACAGUGUGGCUGCUAAAGAUGGAAGACUCAAACAAGGCGAUAUUUUGAUUAUGGUAAACGAUGAAAGUGUUGAGCACAUGUCUACGGCCAAUAUUAUCGACUUACUCCGAAAGAUACGAGGAUCCAUUGGCAUCACCGUACUCAGGCGCAGAAAGGACGAUACGGCAGUGUGAUGCUGAGACUGCGCUGCUUUAAAAUUCGAAGUUUUUUAUUGAGUGAAAUUUUACUUUUGGUCGUUAGAAUGUUCUGUCAAAUCUCACACUGUACUAAGCAGAUUAAUUAAUGAUGCACUUUUGCGACAAUUUUCGCCCAACGGAAGCUCGCAAAUAAUUCUUAAAAGAGCUUGCGAAUGAAGUAUAGGUAAAAAAGCUCCUCAACUAAAAAUAGACUGAUCAUUUCAAGCAAUAAAAUUAAUUUAAUGACAAUUCGAAGAAUUGUAAAUACGAACGCGUUAACUGUAUAAUAAUUAUGUAAUUAAAAGUAUCGAUGUUGAGUGCCUAGAUGCAAGUAAAUCAUGUCAAAAGAAAAAAGUCUUCAGUUUUCUAAAACGCGAACGAGUUUACAAAAUAAUGAAGAUUGUUGCCGCUCAUGCGAGCCCAAAUGAUAAUAAUUAAGUGAUCAAACUUUAGCUAAUCAAAAUAAAAAUAAUAAACUAUAACGUUAAGAAAAUUCUAUUAUUCAUAGUUCAACUGUUGAAGAGAGCGUCUUCUUGUAAAUACGCGAUUUAAAGUAUUUUCAAUCAAUUAAAUGCCAAUAGUACGAAUAUUUUUAAUUUUACAUACAAAGUUUUAAUCCAGUCAUCAAAAACUCGUAUGAGUAUUACUAAGUCAUUUAAAACAAAAGUUUAUUGCAUAAAAAUAAAACCAAAUUUGUAUAAUGAAAUAGGUUUUGAAAACAUCCUACUGGUGUCCUCCCACACAAAUUACAAUAAAUCACUUUUUGUGCAGUGAUUUUAACAUAAUCUUUUGGGAAAUGCUUUACUAUUCCUCUGUUCUACAUUUAUUAUUAGUUUGUUUAUUUACAAAAGUAUAGACAUAUCAUGUAUUUGACACUUUACCUUUAAAAAUUUCAAAAUAUUAAAAAAUUGAUGAUCGCAACUUGUACAAGAUAAAUUAAAAAUAUAACGAUUUCUAAAUACGUCUUUUCUGCCUGCAAUGUGAUCUAUUAUGAAAAAAAAAAUGUUUAAAAUGCCACAUAACCUACUUUGAACUACACAACAUGUCUAAAUAAGAGUUAAAGAAAAAGAAUUGUAAAACAAAAUAUAUGGUAGGGUAAAAGCGGGUUCAAUCGGGUAGCUAGCGAGCGACAAUUCAAAAAUGAAUAUAUACAAUGUUCUUGUCACGAUGGAAUAAAGGAAAAAUUAAACAUGCUGAAAGAUUUUUCGAGCCGCAAAUGUAUACAUGAUGGUAUAUAAUUAAUGAAUGUGAUAGUUAGUUCUAUGAUAAAAACAUCAUUAGAAGAAAAUGCUUUAUCGAACGUUGUAAACGAUUUAGCGAAAAAAUUAUGUAUAUCUAAAAAGAAAUCUUAUAAAAAUACCAAAGUAUAAACAUGUACAUAGUCAAAGACAUUUAUUUUAAUUCUAUGCGCCUUAAAACACGAGCUCGUUGUAACAAUUAUUAAUCAUUGAAAACUUUCCAGCUCCUUGUUUUUGCAUUGUUGAAGUUAAAUGCCUUUCUGUCAGACUGCGAUUUUAUCUUGUAUCAAAUAAAGUUCAUCGUCUUUCGCAAAUCUUUGUUUUUAUUUCCUCUCAUAAGCGGAACAAUAAUUUCAACAAACUUGAAAGAACAAAAGGGCCCUGAGGCGUUAUGGACACGUGCAAAUCAUUGUAAUAAGCCACUUUACUUUUAUUUCAAUUAUUAGUGUCAGCUUCUUUUUACUAUGAGAU